AUGUGCAUAAAAAAACUCAUGUGCUGUCCCGGUCUACUGACCCACCCAACCGGAGGUGCUAUGGAAGACGUGCCAGCAGGAACAUGCGUCCAAAUAGUAGCGGAAAAUAAGGAAAUCGUUUGUGCCGUAGGCCUAUUAACAGCUAUGAGCGCUGCUGAUAUCAAAUCCACAAAUAAGG